CCUCUCUCCCCUUCGUUCGCCCAGCGAACUUCGUCUGGCUGCUGCUGGAAAGCCUAUCUUAGCCGUGUUAGCCUUACUAUAGUCUGGUGGUCUGUAGAGCGUCGACAGGCUAAGAGGUUUCCGUCGACCGACGAUUCUUUUUCAAUUUCCUGUUUGGAAGGGCAGUUGCCAGGCAUGGAGUCGCUCCUCCUAAAGGGAAGCACAUCGCGAUCGAUCCCAAGCUUUCAAGGCCUUCGUGCCGCGCAAACACCCUUCCGCCAGACCCUUCCUGCCACGUCGUUGCCAGCUCAGCAAUGGCGCAGCGCCUCGAGCAAAACCUUAGUCCGGGCAGCAGCAGCGGAGCAGGCUGAUGCUACUCCCAGCAGGACCCCCAGCGGAAGCAUCUUCGGCCGGGAGGUCGAGCUCACCGGCGUUCCCGGCGUCGUUAAGAGCCUGCCGACGCCGGUUAGAUAUGCCGUCUGCGGCGCAAUUAUCGUCGGUUCUGCCGGUGUGGGGUUCGCGGCCGGCAGCAAGUUCCAGCCGCCUGUGGGGCAGGUGGCUGGUGUCGUAGUGCUCGGCGCGCUUGGCGCGGGAGCCGCGCACGUGGUGAACUCCGCUAGUAAGGAAGUCGCUGCAGCGGAUUUGCACAACUCGCUUGUGCGCUUAUCGGAUCCACUUCAACUGAGACGAGGCGAAGCCGCGGAGAUCGCGAACAAGUAUGGCGUGAGCUUGGAGGACGAGAGGUACCGAGCAGAAAUGAAGGACCUCUACGAGAAGUUCGUGUCGUCUGUGAUCCCCCCUGGCAACGAGCCGUUGAGGGGCGACGAGUCGGACCUGAUUAUCCGCUUUAAGGCGUCGAUGGGUCUUGAGGACGAGGACGCCGCUGCUGCUCAUAUCGAGGUGGGGCGGCGUAUCUUCCGGCAAAGGCUGGAGACGGGCGACAAGGAGGCCGCAUUCGAGGAGCGACAGUCGUUCCAGAAGCUGGUGUACGUGUCGAACCUGGUGUUCGGCGACAAGUCCAAGUUCCUGCUGCCGUGGAAGCGCAUCUUCAAGGUCAGCGACGCGCAGGUCGACAUCGCCGUGCGCAACAACUCGCAGUCGCUGCUGCAGGCGCAGCUCGACGCCACCAAGGGAGAGUUCACCGUGGACAACCUCAAGGAGCUCAGGGCGCUGCAGAAGAAGUACAAGCUCUCAGACGAUCUUGCUGCGGACAUGGUUCGGGCGGAGGCUCGGAAGCGAGUGGAGGAGUACAUCAACCAGGCUCUGGACGUGCUCAAGGCGCGCACGCGCAUCAAGGACACUACCAAGGUGGUGGAUGAUCUGGACGCCAUGAGGGCGUACAAUGCGCACCUGGCUGCUCUUGCCAAGUCCGCUUCUGCUGACGACCUGCUGCCCGGCAUUGGCCCUGUCUCUGUCUUCGGAGGCGAGUACGACACGGAUCGCCAGAUGGACGACUUGAAGCUGCUCUACAAGACGUACCUUUCAGAGGCGCUCAAUGCUCCCAGGCUCUCCACCGCUCAGACAGAGGCGCUGGCGGAGCUGAGGAAUACCUUCGGCAUGGGCAAGCGCGAGGCGGAGGAGGCGUCAGACGAGGUGACCCGCAAGGUGUACCGCCGCAAGCUGGCGAAUCUCGUCACGGGCGGCGAGCUGGACCGCGCGGCCAGCAAGGCGGAGGUGCUGCAGGAGCUCUGCGACUCGCUCAAGUUUGACCCGGAGAAGGCCGCCCAGAUCCAUGAAGAGAUCUACCGCCAGAAGCUGCAGCAGUGCCUGGCCGACAAAUCCCUCAGCGACAAUGACGUGGCGGCGCUGAACCGGCUGCGCGUGCUGCUGUGCGUGCCCAAGAGCGCAGUGGACCAGGCCCACGGAGACAUCUGCGGAGGCAUCUUCACCAAGGUCGUGGACGACGCCAUUGGCGCCGGCAUCGACGGCUACGAUGGCGACAUGCGCGACGCCGUGCGCGCCGCUGUCAAGGGGCUGCGGCUGCCGCUGCAGUCUGCUCUGGAUAUUGCUACCAAGGCGGUCCGCGCUGUCUUCCUGACGUACAUCAAGCGCGCCCGUGGCACCAUGAGCCGUGCGGAGGGCGCGCGGGAGCUGAAGAAGAUGGUCAUCUUCUCCAACCUCACCGUCUCGCAGCUCCUCGACGACAUCCGAGGCAAGACCGACGAGCCUGCCGCCGCAGCCUCGGCAGCCACCGGCGAAGGCUCGGGGCCAGCAGUGAAGGCAGAGGACGGGAAGCCAGAGGAGAAGGAGGCAGAAGAGGGGUAUGACGAUGAGAUGCCGCUGCUGCAGUCGAUGCGCAAGACCAAGGGGCAGCAGAAGGAGGGCAAGGCGCAGAAGGAGGUGUCAGUGAAGGACGACUUGGAGCUGAGGGAGCGGCUCGACUUGUACAAGUCCUUCCUGCUCUUCUGCCUGCAGGGGGAUACCACCGGCAUGCCCAUGGGCACCAGCCUCACCGUCCAACGAGACACCUCUGACUUCAUCCGCCUGUCCCAACUCGGGGAUAUUCUCGGGUUGGCGCCGGCUGAGGUUUCGUCGGUGCACCAGGGCUUGGCGGAGCAGGCGUUCAAGGUGCAGGCGCAGACGCUGCUCGCCGACGGGCAGCUCACCAAGGCGCGCGCCGAGCAGCUCAAGAUCAUGCAGCGCGAGCUGGGGCUCCCAGACGCAGCUGCGCAGAAGGUGGUGCAGUCUAUAACGAGUACGAAGAUGGCGGGCGCAAUCGAUGCGGCGAUCAAGGCGGGGCGGCUGUCGGUGGACGAGGUGAAGCAGCUGAAGGAGAGCGGAGUGGACAUCGGCAGCAUGGUAGCCGAAAAAGUUCGCCUGCAGAUGUUCUCAAAGCUGGUGCAGAAGGAGUUUGAGAAGGGCACGGGGGAUUUCGAUGAGAAGGAGCUGCUGGAGAAGCUGCCUGGGGAUCUGGGCCUGGAGGAGGAUGUGGCGCGGAAGACUGUGAAGGAGAUUGCGAGGGAGCGGCUCAAGGGUGCGCUGGUGCUGGCCGUGUCAAAUCUCAGGCAGAAGAAGCCGGACCAAGUGGUUGCUGUGCUGAACAACAUGCUGGCGUGCGACAAGGCAGACGCCGCAACUGAAUCCCUCACAUGGGCAGUGAAGGAGGAGCUGCUGGACCUCUACUCGCUCUUCCUCAGCAAGCACGACGCUGAGAGCAGUGCAGCCGGCAGGAUGCGGGAGCUCCUGGGGAUUGACGACGCCACGGCCGCCUCGCUCUCGGAGAUUGUGUCCAAGGGAGGGUUCAACCUGGAUGUGGACAACUCUGUGGAGGAGAAUUUCGUGUUUUAGGCUUAGGGGGUGAUUGGUUAGGCACUGCACAGUGCCUUGGAAGUGUGUGGUUUAGACCGCAUGCAGGAAAAUGAGGAGACGGAUGUGGUAAAACAUUUGCAACGUAGUUGGGCCAAUUUGAUUUCUCAUACUAAUGCUAGGAAUUAUUUUUUAUCCUUGCGGAGCAUUUGAAGCGCAGUGA